CGGCCACAAAUUCUGUCAAAAAGACCCGUAAUUACGGGCAUGUCCGGAUAUUCCUACCAAAAAUCCACCCUUCUUUGGAUCUAGGAGGCAAUAGGUCGAUUUUCUCCUCUGGUUUCGGAUACAAUACGAUGAACGCUACCUCGGACUCGGCGAGUGGGUUCAUUGAAGAGGACACUGGCGGAAGCGAUUCCGAUGGUUCGCCGGAAUACUACCAGCCAAUUUCCGCUGGUGACGGCGACGAAGAUGUUUCGUAUCAAUCGAGUUCUGAUCUCGAAUCUUACGGCGGUGAGUCUAGUUCUCAUCCCUUAGCGAACGGUUACGCGCAUGGCGUAGUGGAUGAAAUAUCGUCUAUUAAUCUAAGCGACGACGAAGAAAGGAAGAGUAGUGAUGAUGAUGCGAAGGAGGAGGAGGAGGAGGAGGAGGAGAUGAGGAUGAGAGAGGCGUCUGAUUCGGCUAUACUGAGAGCAUUCAGGGAGGACGAGAGCCGCCGUAACGCCCCGCUGCCGGCGGAGACUGCAAGUAGAGUGAUGGAGGCGAUGCGUGGAGUUUCGUUCAGUGGAUCGGCUCCUGUUUGGGCGGAUCGAGUCCCUGAAGAUCAGUGGAUCAAUCAGCUCCGAAGAUUGAGACGACCACAGACCACAGUUAACCAUUGAGGAGAUGGAUGCUCUUUUGGUUUGCCCCCCCUUGUUUCUGUCUUGUGGUCUACUUUCUGGUUUUCCCUUGGAAAGAGUAGGAACCAAAACUGCUCGAUGAUUGAUGGCUUUCUUCGCCAUAAUUAAAGUUUGGGUUUAGGUUUUGUUUGUUGACUAUUAUUUUCUUUUUUGAUGAAGCUUCUACUUGUGUUUUUACGAGAACAUCUCCUCUUGAGCAGUGAUGACAACCGUGAGCUAUUAGUUUUUA